GUCAACUGAGUGAGAUUUCGAAAUCAAAUUAAUAAAAUUUUUAUAGUUUAAAUGCAAAAUUCCUAAACAAAUUACCCACAAAAGUGCUGGGCAAUGUGUAAACUUGUUGUAAAAUAUGAAAUUGCCUAAAACAGAUGGUGAAAAAAGCAAAAAUAGACUAUUGCUGCCGUCAACGUCAGACAGCAACAGCCGUAGGCUGCAGUGAAAAAGUAAAAAAGGCGAGAAAGCAGCAACUAGUGAUGAAUAAAUAAAAUCAAACAAAUGAAAAAACAAUCACGACAAACACAAAAUAAACAAAAACACACCACAAAAAUUAUUUGUUAAGCUGUUUAUAAACUUUUACAACAACAUAAAAAUACGGGGAAAACGCGUUUGUUUUUCUCAUAAUCCCUACGUUGUUUUGGGGCGGCGUUAAACCGUGUUUGUUUUUCUCCAUGGGCCUUUAAAAGAAAGGCCACAGAGACUGUGACAACAACUUUUUUUGUUGGAAUUGAGUAUAGUUUCAAUUGGGUUUAGAUUUUUUCAAUACUUCUGUGACAAUUAAAUGCGAGAGUUGAGUUUGUAUGCAAACAGCUUGUAAACGGUAAACUGUGCAAAAAUAAAAAAAAAACGAACAAGAUUCCGCAAGCAAGCAACAGUUUAUUUGCUCGUGUUAGUGUAAAUGUGUGUUUGUGCUUCAUCCAUGAGAUACUUUGCUGCUGUUGCCGUUAAUGCUUCUUCUUGUUUGAAUUUUGUCGAAUUUCAUUUCAUCUAAAUAUAGAAUACAUAUAGAAUAAAAGUUUCGUGCCGUCUCCUUUCGUUAAUUUUGUAAAUUUGCAUUUUUCGCUGCUAUUGCUGGCAGCUCAAAAGAAAAAUUAAAACAAAAAACGUCGUAUAGGAAAAAGAGAUUUCUUUCUUUUUGUUACAUGGCAAAUAGCAGACAAGCAAGAAAAUAAUUACAAAAAAUAUAUAAUAUUUAAUAAAAGUUUGAAUACGAAAAAAACAUUGUGAAAGUGCAUUGCAUCUUGCUAGUGCUUUUCAUACCUCUUUGCUUUGCACAAAGUGUGGUCCAAAAAUUUUCAAUAUGCUUUUGAAAUUUACAAAAACCAGUGGAGCUGGAGCUGGUUCCAGUUCAUCCACAACAUCCGUCAUGGCUGGAACUUAUAUAGCAAGAGGAACAGGUAUGCGUACCGCCAUGUCCACUAUGUCUACAAUGAACCCGCGUAUACACCGCAAAGGUUUUCGGACGCCCUCAAAAAGGCAUCCAGGAAAAGCAUUUCCUGGCAAAUUACACUCAGUCUCCAGGAUUGGUCCUGGCAAAUUAGUGCCUGGUAAAAGAUUUCCACCCAGACCACACCCACCGCCCUGUGAUAAUUCCAAUGAUAGUGGUUUUGGUUUCGACCAACAUGUUGAGAUUCAACACACACAACAACAGCAGCAGCAACAACAACAACUUCAGCCACAACAGCAACCACAAAUACAAGCAAAUAGCCCUAAUUCAAGUACAAAUUUAAGCAGUAAUAUAAGUGCAUCAUCCCAGACUAGCAUCCAACAGCAGCAACAACAACAACAACAUCAUCAGCAACAAAAUGUCACAACAAACCUCAACAGUAGUCCCAAUAAUAAUUCUUUAAGUUCAUCUUCUUCGUCGUCGUCGUCUUCAUCAUCAUCAUCAUCAUCGUCGUCGUCGUCCAACUCCUCCAACUCUUCCUCAUCGUCCUCAUCGUGCACUACAAAUUUACAAAAUUCACCACAACAGCAGCAACAUAUGAUACGAGCCAUACCUGCCUCAAGAUCGAGACCGGCCAAAAAAUUGCCCUUUCUCAGCGAUGACAACGACGAGGAGAACAGCGAAACUGAAGAUGAAGAUUUCUGCACUGAUGACUCCGAUGACUAUGGCAUUGGCGGCAUUGGAGGUCGUGGCCGUGGAAAACCACGACGCACUUUUGCCGCAUCCUCCUGCUCUAAUCAAGAACUGAUCCAACAGCGACAACAACAGCACCACAUGCAUGUUCCAUCCUCAAUGGGAAAGGGUUUUCAUCAUCAUAUCAAUCUUCAUAAUCACCAUCAUCAUAACCAUCAUGGCAUGCAUGGCAUAAAACGUAAGAAAAUCGAGACCAUACCACCCGUAGAUCUGGACAAUGAUGAUGCUUGCAGUGAAGAUGCCUUCAUACGUAAAAUUGCCAGUGCCUCCAGUAGUAGCUCGGUAAUGCCGCCAGUGGAGACAAUUACAACAACGGUACCGCCGGUAGUAGUGUCCAAGGGCCGAGCAAUGGCCUCUUCCUCGCCCUCUUCGUCCGGCACCAUAGGCGUUGCAACAAAAUUCAUUGCCAACAGUUCGCGGGGCAUGACCCGAGUAGCCCACAAACGUCAACCUGCCACACCACCCAAUAGUGUGGCUACAUCAUCCAAUGGUCGAGUACAAUUGGAAAUUGUCUCACAGCCUGAGCAGCAACACAGAGCGAGAUAUCAAACAGAAGGCAGCCGUGGUGCAGUUAAGGAUCGCAGUGGCAAUGGCUUCCCCAUUGUCCGUUUGGGUGGUUACAAUAAACCUACCACGUUACAAGUAUUCAUCGGCACUGACAUUGGACGUGUCGCGCCCCAUAUGUUCUAUCAGGCCUGCAAAGUAGCCGGAAAGAAUUCCACACAAUGCAACGAGAAGAAAGUCGAUGGCACUGUGGUCAUUGAGAUUGAUUUUAAACCAGAGCAAGAUAUGACUAUCACCUGUGAUUGCGUUGGCAUACUAAAGGAACGCAAUGUUGAUGUUGAACAUCGUUUUCCCGAACAUCUUGCCCAAAAGAAUAAAAAAAAAUCAACUCGCUGCCGCAUGGUGUUUCGCACCCAGUUAACUCACGACGAUGGCACCGUGGAAACUCUACAAGUCUGUUCAAAUCCCAUUAUAUGCACCCAACCACCAGGUGUUCCAGAGAUCUGUAAGAAAUCCCUUAACUCUUGCCCCGUCGAUGGUGGUCUCGAAUUGUUCAUAAUUGGCAAGAAUUUCCUCAAGGAUACCCAUGUAAUAUUUCAAGAGACUUAUGAAACCAACAUGCCAGCCGUCGAUGACACCAGUCCCGACUUGAAUGGCAUACACCAUCAGAAACAAAUGAUAGGGGCUCUAUGGGAACAAACCGUUAUACCCGAUAAGGAGUAUCUACAACAAACUCAUUUAAUUUGUACUGUUCCACCGUAUAUACAUCAGAAUAUUAUGAAACCUGUAACCGUGCAAUUGGCGAUUAUUUCGAGUGGCAAAAAAAGCGAGUCCCAUUCAUUUGUUUAUACGCCAAAGGGCACCUAUACACCGCUGGCAGCGGCCACCACCCUAAGCGUUGCGUCGUCCCACCACCAUGCACUGCAUAAUCACAGCAACAACAAUGGCAACGGUGGAGGCGCCGGUAGCAGUAACAAUACAAACGUUGGAAUUGGAGUAGUGACUGGCAACAACAAUGGCAGCGGCAGCAGCUUAUCAUCGACUCAAGAUGGACCCACAUUUAUGGAUACCACUCCGGCAGCUGGUUCGGUGGCAGCUGCCGCCAAUAGUCUUUGGCCCUCGGCUACAUCAGUGGUGGCGGAAACCAAACAUGAAAUCGAUGCAGAUAUGAUGCCUCCACCUAUUACCACUCAAAUGCCUAUGGUGGUACGCCGACCCUCUUUGAAUAAUAAUCAGGCUCUGAUCACAGAUCAACAGUUGGCUCAUUUAAAUGCCGUGGCAGCAGCGGGGGCUUUGAAAACAGAACUCUUAGAUGAAUCCUCACAGAACUCCAUAGCCGAGGCCAUCAGCUCACCUGAGACGGUAGUGGCUUGUGCAGCUGCUGCAGCGGCCGCUGUAGCUGCUGCUGGAGCAGCUGGUGUGGUCAGCGAUGCGGGAGGACCUCAAAGUCCCACAGCUCUGCAAUUUCACAAUCGUUAUGGGCGCAAAGGCAGCAUGGAUGCCAUGAUGUUUGACAACAACAGUAUGACCGGCUUCCCUGUGGCCGCAGCUCCCCCCACCACUACGCCCAUGGAAGUUGCUGCUGUGGCCGCAGCCGUAGAACUGGCAGUGAAAAAUGAAAUUGCCAAAGCUGUCUCCGUGGCCAAGGUUGAUAAGUUCAUAACAGAUUUGGCCAAGUCCACCAAUGUUAAUGAUACUACCGAUACCGUGAACGGACCAACUACUCUAUUUGAUGUUCCCAAUACCACCACCGCCAUUGAUAAUGCUCUAACCGAUAUCUUGCAACAGGCAGCUGUGACCAACACUCAACCCGCUGCCACUACUGCGGCCGCCGCGGCUGCAGCAGCAGCUGCUGCUGUUGUCCUGGAACGUAGUCUUUCCAAUACAUCAGGCUCCACUUCCUCCAAUUCCGGUUCACCAUUGUCAGGCAAUUCACCCGUUAACUCCCUGACCAGUCACAAUUCCCCCAUUACCCAAGACAUCAUUUUGAAUUCCGAACCAUCGGUAGCUUUGACAGCAGCUUUGCCACAGCUUAUGACCGGCUCAGGGGCUCCAUCUAAUGUAAGCGUUGUCAGCCCCGACGUUGCGGUGGCCAAUGUGGCUGCCGCCGCUGCUGCUGCCUCUGGCCUUUCCACCGAUAUCAUUAUGAAUCCUUCGGUUUCACCCUCAACCAUAUUGUGCUCGGAUAAUGGGGCUGCCACUGCAGUGGUGCCCAACAUUAUGGCUCCCCAUCAAGUGACCAUGGCUAAUUCCAUACUCAAUGAUAUUGCCAUGCAGCCACAGCCCACACAGCAAGAUGCUGCAGUGGCCGCUUUGGCUCUCAGCAACAUAAUGAUGACACCGCCCAGUGAUAGUGGCACGGUGUCGGUGACACCCACACCCACCUCUCUACAACCCGAGGUGACUUCGGCCACAUCGACAGCUGUUAGUAAUAUGAUAAUAAAAGCAGCAGCCGAUUUCAUUUCCAACCAGGAACAACAAACCCAGCAUCACCAUCAACAACAGCAGCAGCAUCAACAUCAACAUCAGCAUCAGCACCAACAUCAAUUGCAACAUCAACGCUCUCAUCAUCGCCGUACAACUCAACAUUCAUCGCAAACUUCGCCGCAACAAAUGAUGGCUGGCCAAGCCGUGGGUGCCGAUCCUAUGAACCCUCUCAAUUUGUUAUUGAAUCAUGCCGAUGUAGUGGCGCCCAGCGGCCAGGCCAAUGUUAAUGCUGCCACUACGGUGGCUGAAACGGUGCCACCACAAUUCCCAUUGGCUAUUGCCACUCCCCCUCAAGAAUCUCUGAUCGUUGCCUUGGCUACUGAGAAUGCCAUGCAGACAUCUGUAACAGCGGCAGCUAUAACCACAAAUGGGGCAGUGGUCACUCAAGAAACAGCAGCACCAGCAUCAUCACCCAAUUUACAUCCGGCCACAGCAGCUGCUGUGGGAGCUGUAGCAGCAGUGGCGGCAGCAGCUGCUGCUGGGGCGGCAGUACCUUUGGCACCCAUACCGCAAGAACUGACGGCAAUGUCCGAUCAAGAUUUACUCAGCUAUAUAAAUCCCAGUACAUUCGAUCAAGUUUGAACUUACGCCCAGCAUCAACAAAACUGAUUCAAGUGGACCAAUAUGAAAUAAUGAAAUUUUAUAAUAUUUAUGUUCUGACAAUUUUGUGUGUCUCUAUGUUGAGGUAUUUGAAGGAAGACAAGAAAUCCUAAGAUUUAAAGUUUCCUUUUCAACAGAAAAAUUUGAAAACUAAAAAUGGAAAAUAUAUUUGAUGUACAAAACAGAACUAAACAAAAAAGCGGGAUCAUUAUUAAAGUCAAUGUGUUUAUAUAUUGAUUGAUGUUUUAUUAUUAUUAUUAAAACUAUACUAUUGCUAUUAUUAUCUUAUACAUAUAUACAUAUUGAAGAUUAUUGUUAAGUAUAUAUAUAUAAACAUAUUAUAAAUAUUUUAUAUACAUUUAUGGUUAUACAAUAUUCAUACACAUUUACAUAUAAAAAGAAAACGGAAAAAAUCUAUUUAAAUUAAUACGUUAUACGUUAUACAGUGUUAAUCAUUUGCUGUAAUAUUGUGAACAUGUUUUAAGUCAAAUUAUUAUCUCAUGUAUAUGUUACAAUAACAAAAUCAACAAUUAUAAAUGACUGCCAUACAAACAAAAAUAACACGCAAACCCACACUAUUUUUUACAAAAACAACAACUACAAAAUGAAAAUUAAAAAACAUAAAAAAAGAAAAAUAUCAUAAUAAGCAAAAUAAAUUAUCUUAGAAAAAAAGAAAAAAAAUAUAUUUCCUUUUUUUUACAAAAAAAUUAAAAAAAAAAACUCAAAAAUCGAACAGAAAAAGCUUUAAAGCAUACAUGUCACGUAUAAAAAAAUAUUUUUUAUGGAUUUUUGUACAAAAUUUGAAGCUAGAACACUUGAGUACGAAUAUUAAGGCUUCAAAAGCGCUCGAAAUUUAAUUUAUUUUUUAUUAUAAGAUAAAAAAAGAAAACAAAAAAGUUAGCAUCAAAGUUGAUAACAACGCUUCUUGUUUUUGUUUAAUAAUUUUUCGUUUUUGCUUUUUUUUAAAGUUUUCGAAAACUAUUUUAAUGUUUUAAUGUUUAUAAAACAAAUAUCUUCAUGUCCUAAAUGUUGUUGAUUCGCCUCUUAUAUACACUCAUAUGCUGAUUAUCAUUAUCAUUAUUGUCAUUGUAUGUGAAAUGUAAAAAUGUUAUGAGCCUAAAACUAUGCUAACAAUUUUGAGUUUAAAACUUUUCUUUUACCCACAGCCCCAUUGAAUGACAAUAGCGACAUUGACAUAUGACAAUUCUUAUGAACUUGAAAAUAGAGUUGAUGAAUGUAAGACAUAUGGACUAUACACACGGAUACACGUAUAUAUGAUGUUGUUGUUGUAGCAGUGUGUUCUACACUGAGGCCAACCAAGUGUUUCAACAUCAAAUUGAAGAUUUGUUUCGACAUUAUGACGUGUAUCGGCUUAGGUUAUAGUAACAGCCUGAAAUUGAAAACUUUUGACCAUGGUAAUUCCACAAGAGCAAUAUUAGCCUCUGGUGUUAAUCGCAUCCAUACACUGGUAAUCCCAGUUUGCUAGCAACUCAGCUACCAGGUCGCUUAAGCCUUAGGUGACUUGUACUAGUCCAUCGUCCAUCAAAAGGCUAUCUAUUAUUAAAGGGAAAACCCUUUUCCUUGCUGUCACAUAUGGCAGUACAUUCGAACAUGUCGCCCCUAUCUGGGGAACCCACAGAAAUCCUUGUUAACCACUUCCAAAGCCAAAAAAAAAAAAACAAAUAUUGUUGCUGUUAACACAUUUUCAUGAAGAGGUGGCGAUUCUCGUCAAGCUCCUGUAGCUGAGCAAGCUCGCUCCGGUCCAAAGGACCGAUCGCCGCGGGAACAGAGUGACCAUUGGAUUAUUUAAAUGCGCCAAUAACUCGCCUUGUCAUAUCGAGCAUCGUAGGCAUUCAGUAUAUGUGCAAGAGCCGGUGCCACCCGACCUCUCACUGAGACUGUCCGCUCGAUACCGCUGAUUGUGCGCGACUGCAGUUACAGCUUCUCCGGAUGAAGUAAUAGCUAAAAGACUACCAAUGAGUGCUACUCGAUUCGAACCAGGUUGACGCAAAGUGACACCGCUUUGGCUAGGAACUUGAUAAGCCGGUCUUGGCUAAGAACUCCAUAAGCCGAUCUGCGACAAAUAAUCCAGCAUCAGUGCGGUCGCCAAACAUGGGUGAAUUAUGGGUUUAGGUGGAACGGUCAGUAUUGGCAACUGUGACCCCAAAGCGAGAAAGAGAUGGUAGUGAGAGAAGAUAUAAGAAACAAGUGUGAGUUCCCAGAUCACACCUUAAAACGAGAUAGGAAUAAAUGUAAGAAGAAGGUGGGGAGACAGCACCUGUCGGACAACAAUCAUAGUGAAGAUGACAAUUUUACUGUAUGAUCACACAACUUUAUGUGGUUGAAGAGUGUUCUCUUGAAUGGUGAAUAGGUUUCCUCCAUCAUUUAAUCAUGUUUGCAAGGGUCUACAUGUUUAAGAUAAAAAGUUUGGGUUUACUUCCGAAAACCCCUAUGAAUUUUCUCCUUAAUGUUCAAAUUUCCCCUGCGGCAUCUGUUCAUUGUCAUACAAAUGUCUCACACUUAAACAUGGAUUGUGGUACAUUUUUUUUAACGCCAUCCCAAGUCCAUGCCAUUUGUCUUCGGUUGGUGGAUCUGUCUCAAUUCACGAAUGUCACAUCUGUCGACAAGGACUUGAAAGCAUCUGUUCAAAAGCCAUGCCAAAUCCAUACAGUUGGUUUCAAUCAGCCGGUGAAAGUCCUUCUUAACCAUCAGGAUAUAAUGAAAACACUCCUGCAAAAAAAAUUUGCAGGAGAGCAAGAAAAGUUUUUACUUUCUUUUGCUAUUUAUUUGAAUAAAACAGCUGAUUUUCAAAAAAAUCUGUUCUGUUGAUGCUGCAAAUUACAGCUGGGAUAAAACAUCCAGCAGAAAUUUGCAGCUUUCAAUUAACAAACUCUUAAAGUUUUGCUUGUCCUCACGCACUUGGCCGCACUCUUCUGCGGGCAAAUAAAGUGCGCGAAUAGCUUCCAGUAAAUUUUUUUCAAAUUUGCACCAAUUUUCGUAUUCUCCCAGUC